GAAAAGAAGACCUAUGAUGUGUCAGUCGGUGACUUUUAUACAUACUGAACCACUUGCCAUUGGAUACCAGGAAUCAGAAAGCAAAGAAAAGUUAGAGGAUUUUGCUUGAGUGAUCUGAGCUUUUUGUUAGAAGGUGACAUUGUUAAAGCUUUCAGACUGAUAUCUGCUGUUUAUACAAAAUAAAAAAAGGAAGGAUAUGAUCCCAAAGAAAUCCUCAAGUUAGAUCCUAAAGGUUGGAGUAUUUUUCCAGUAAGGGCCUGGACUUUGCAAAGGGUUAAGAGAGAGAGAGAGACAGAUCAUCAAAAUGAAGAAGAGCAUAAGUGUGUUGACCGUCACCGCAGAAGAUAAGGGAAAAGAUUCCCCAGAUCCUUCUGGGAGAUACAGCAGAUCUUAUACGUCUGGCAGCACACUCGGAGCUGAGCUACGUCGAGGGAGACGUCGACUCUCUGGGAACCUCCAGGUCCCACAGUGGAGAACAAGGGAUAGGUCCAGGUCACCAGAAUGUGACAAUUUCCAGCAGAGACCAACUACACUUCCACUACGUAUUCCUCCUCGGAUUGCAAUCACUCAUGCAGAACCCGACAGUGUAGAAGAUAAAAAUUAUUCUUGCCACAUUCUGGUCACUCUUACGACUAAGAAAAGUAAUGGUAUUCAGAUCAUGAUGUACCGUGAACUGUAA